CUCCUCGAGUCUACCCUGCCACGGCCAGGCUAACAUCUGUAAAGUCGAUACAAACAGUUCUCGAAUAGAGACAGAACCUGGCCAAGAUAUAUAAUAUCAGGGAGUGACUUUAAACCCACGGUGUCCACUCGGAGCAGUUUCUCCUUUGCUUGGUUCUGUUGUGACGCCGCAAGAUGCCGGCAGGCGUACACAACGGGAAAUCGGGGGAUGGUUCCCCUGGACCCGGCCCCUCUAAGCGCAAGAGAGACCUAGACGACAAUGGCAUCCCCGGCCUCACCCGCCCUGACCGCAUACCCCAACCACGGCCGCCACAGUCAGGUAACACUACACCUAUCAACUAUCUUUCCGCUUCCGGAAUCAAGACAUCAAGCCUCGAACUUCUUCGUGGGGAUAACUGCGCUUUCAACAAGGUCAUAUCCCUUAUCAACGACUAUGAAGGGGCCAAGCUCACCGCACCUCGUUUACUACGAGCUAUGGAGAGUCUUUUUGAAGGUGAAAUUACUGUUUAUGCCAAGACUUCUUCCGGAAUGGAUCAGCCAUACAAGCCUAGCUGGCUGGACAUCCUCGAUUUUGCAGCUGCUAAUCCUGGCGAGUUCAAUCUCACCACAACAACCAGUCGUGGCCGGGUCUGUCGCUUCUCUAUGAAAAACGUCGAUGUCGAGAUCACCGAGGAUGACUGGCGGCUUAUCAGGUCCGGUGCUUUGGACCGUUUUAGCCUAGUUCCGCCCAAACCGUUGGAAGAGGAUGACGGAAUCGAGUUGGUCACGCUAGAUAUAGUUGAGGACCGAGUUCACAGGAUCAUUCAGAAGGCUGACGAGAUAGCUGCCAAAGCACGGCAACUGAACUAUCACUUGAGCGGCCGCAAGGCCGCCAUUGCGGCUCGCUAUACGUUCCAGCAUUCUUCAGAACUGAAUCAUUACCCGAAACGCCACAGCGAGCUGAAGCCCGAUCCUGAUCUCCGGGCUUAUUUACUGCGGCAGUUUCUAUCUCGAGCUGCCCAGCACGACGAGACUUCUAAUAUAGGAAAAUCUGGCUCAAGUCCCGCUUUUGCAUCCUCUAAUCAUUCGCAGCUGCAUUUACGGCAGGCUGUUAUUGUCCGGUCACCACCAAUGCCGACAUCAUCUGGAACAUCGGCUCCCCUGCAGCAACUUACUGGCUCGAUCCAUAUGGAGAACUCGGUGCGGCAAGAUCCAGCACAUCGAUUUUCCUGGGGAUCCGGUGCUUUGGAACGCCAUACCGCUACCAGCCGAUCCGGCACACGAGCUGUAGAGAACUUUGAGCGUGCAGCAUCGACAAGCCCCCCUUGCGACCGCUGCCGGAGGCUACAGAUACCCUGCGUCAAACAUAUGGGCAGCAGUUGUCAAGGGUGUGCCGACAACCGCGAGCGAUGUGACUGGAAAGCAACGACGCAUAAUGAGAUUUUUGCAUUGCUCGGGACAAAUACGUCCCGAGAGGGCAGGCCUGGAAUAGCAGCGAAGGCGGUAGCUGACCAAGAAAUGUCAAAAUGCACUUCCACGAGAGCGGAAAAUUCGAAUGGGCUUGGUACUAGUCAUCGUUUGAACAUUAGGGAUGGUGAGCAAACACAUGAUGAGGAUACGGAUGGGAGAGUAGGAGCGGCAGAGGAUAAUAGGGAAGAAAUCGGACGGCGUCCCGGUUAAGGUCUUUCUGUAGGAGGGAAAGGUCAAAGGACCGCGAGCACGUCACUAAGCAACGCCUGGAAGCGACGGACUGACAAGCUCGAGUAAAUGGGCAGCAGCAGCAGCAGCAGCAGCAGGGUUUGCAGAAGUCGCUAGCGCACUAGCAAGCUUAGAUCGGGGUACCAACGAGAGCGCCUCUUGUAGUUCACAAACGUAUUCGCGAGGAAUGACAGUAGGAUA